AUGUUCUCCGCCACCCCAACGUCGCAAGGCCCCGGUCACCACCGCCGUCAAUUAUCGACUCCAGCAUAUCCCGAAGCUGCUACUUUCACAAAGCCAGUCAUGGCUGGAAACCAACCACACCGAGCGCACCGACGCGGACAGACUGUGGACUAUGGAUACACGCCACAGGUCUCCGCUGGCCGACGACCUGCGCCCAAGACGGUUCCAGAGCUUCGGGACUACUUUAACGAAAAAUCAGGUUACAUGCGUCAGGCUAGGCCUACUCAGCAGGCUCCUGCCUAUAUCCAAGCGCAGCAGCCCUUUAUCCAGGCUGCGCUGCCCAUGGAGGACGCAUAUCAAACAUAUCCGCCGCAAUGGACAUGGAGUCGAGAGGAGCUUCAAGAACUCUAUCAAGCUUCGGCUUCCUCUUCUUCCCCAGCACCAUCCAUUGCGCCGGCCCUCUCAAGAUCCGCCAGCGAAUGCUCUGACAAUCAAUCACCAUUGAAGACUGCCCUGCACCGUAUGCGCCAGGAGCAGCAGCACAACAUUUCAAUGGCCCAGCAAGCGCAAAUGGCUAACUAUCGGCCCAUGCAACAAAGCUCUAUUCAACCAGAGACAAUGACUACCAAAAUGGACCCAUAUCUUUCUUACACUUCCCCUCUUACCCCCGAUGCUACCCCAUUGAAGAGUUCAUUUGAUUUCCCCAUGUAUAGCAACGAGCAGACCCCCACCAAGUCCCAGAGCUUCUCUUUCCCCCGCACCCCUGUCAGCAUUGAAAUGCAGAGAGCACACUCCCUCCAAGGCGUGACUAUGUCAAGCCCCAUUCAGUCUCGUCUUCAAAUGCCUUCCCCUGCCGAAUCGUCAAUUCCCUACACAGAAAUGGCCGCAAUGCCCUCCCCAAGCAAUGCCGACAUAUCCGAGACACCUUCCAUCUGUCGAAUCCAGCAGUAUAGCAUGUCUCCGGCAUCAUCCCCUAUGCCCGAGCACGAACAGCCGGCUGGAGGCAUGAGCGAAGUUGAUCUCGAUGCUCGAGUCAGAGCAUCCGUUCGCAACACUGGCAUUUCCAACGAAAAGAUUGCCGAGUAUAUUUCCGGCCCUGAUUCCAAGGAUGGCAAAUAUGUGUGUUUGUAUGACGGUUGCAAUUGCCGAUUUGGCCGCAAGGAAAACAUUAAGUCCCACGUUCAGACCCAUCUCGAUGACCGCCCGUACCAAUGCGAUGUCUGCGACAAGCUCUUCGUCCGCGGCCACGACCUCAAGCGCCACCUCAAGACACACACCGGCAAGAAGCCUUUCGAGUGCCGUUGCGGUGCGAGCUUCGCUCGUCACGACGCCCUUACUCGUCACCGCCAGCGUGACAUGUGUGUUGGGGGCGUGACUGGUUUCGUCCCCAAAACAACCCGCCGCGGACGGCCACCGAAGAAGAGUCGCCCUGAUAUUGAAACACGCCAGACCAAGUCCACCCGUACCCGUCAACGAGUCGCCGAAAAGGUCUCCUUUUCGCCCGUCAAAAUGGAGGAAAUCCCUCUCCAGCAAGCUCCCGUCUUUAACUCGCCUAACUACGCUCCGUCUUCUGCCAUGUCUUCGUUCACGCCGCCCACUUCGCCAGGACAAGCUCAGUCGCCCAACCAUGUUGGCACCUCGCUCAUCUCCCAGCUCGAGGAUGACAUGCUCCCACCUCCGUUGUCGCCUCCUCAAAUGGCUCACGCCCGAUACGAGCAGGCUAUUUCCCAAUUCAUCCCUGGCCUCACCGCGGGACAGGAGAACUUCUACAGCGACCGCGCUCUUUCUCCCCACGACAUGUCUUCGCCUCGCACCGCUCCCACUCUCGAUGAGUACACUUCCGGCUCAGAGAUUGACCUCUUCAUCAGCCAAGACUCCUCCGAGCAAGUGCGCCAUGAAUUCGCGAACAUGUCAAACAACGGGCUGUCUGACUUCUCUGCUGGCUACUUCGUCGACUCAUCUGGAUUCCCACCCUCGUCAAUGUACUCCACUUUCCCCGAGAAGUCCUACUCUGGCCUUUCCACCCUUGACGAGUCCUACGUGGACCAGAUCGACACGCUUUCCCAGGAAUUCCUCAACGAUCCUUAA